AUGUCAUCUCCCGGCGACUACACUGUUGGUUGGAUCUGUGCUCUUCCGAUUGAAGCAGUUGCAGCCACGGCUUUCCUGGAUGUAAGACUUGAUGGUCCUAAAACUCGAGCAAAGGACGAUACCAACAACUACAAAUUCGGGAAGAUCAACGAGCACAAUGUAGUCAUUGCGACACCUCCCAUGGAUGAAAAUGGAGCGACGGCUGACAGCGUGGUCAAAAACCUGAUUCGGAGCUUUCCUAAUGUCCGCAUUGGCCUCAUGGUUGGCAUCGGGGGCGGUGCACCCACUUUGAAGCACGAUAUUCGUCUUGGAGACGUUGUGGUCAGCUCCUCAGGCGGGCCACAAUCGGGCGUUUUCCAGUAUGACUUGGGGAAAUACAUACGGGAUGAGGAAUUCCAGCCCAUCCGGGCACUGGAUAAACCUCCUCGGCUGUUACGUGCAGCAGUGUCUUCACUGGAAGUGAACCACGAAAUUGACGGCAAUGGUAUUGAGGAUGCAAUUACCAGGAUUCUGAAGCAGUAUCCCAGACUCCAGAGAGGCUAUGGGCGACCAUCGGAUGGAACAGAUAUCCUGUUCCAACCUACAGUCCAGCACGUCGGAGGAGACACAUGCGAUAUUUGCAGCACGAACGAAGGUGAUGUUGUCAGCCGCGAACCCCGGGAGUUUGAGAAAACUUCGAUUCAUCAUGGUGUUAUCGCAUCAAGUAACAAUGUGAUGAAAGAUGCGACGUUGCGCGACAGCCUAGCCUCACAGGGGGACGUUUUAUGUUUCGAAAUGGAGGCCGCAGGGCUCAUGGGAGGCUUCUCCUGCCUCGUGAUUCGAGGCAUCUGCGACUACUCAGACUCUCAUAAAAAUAAGGCAUGGCAGGGUUACGCAGCUAUGGCUGCAGCAGCUUAUGCAAAACAAAUCGUCAGCAUCAUUCGACCUGAAGGAAUCGUAGAAGUGCCUAGGCUAGUUGAAAUUGGCGAAACCAUGCGGGCAGCUCAAAAUGUGCGGUCUAAAGCUCUCAAAGCAUCUGACUCCAGCACAGAAGUCCCAGACGACGACGGUGCCUGGAUAACUUCUGAGUUUAACGAGAUCGCAGAGCCAAAAGCACCGCUUUCCUUUUCGUUCCAUCAGCCACGCUGCGCACACAGAUGUCAAGAGGUACGAGACAGCGACAGCGACAUCAACACUGAUCGCUUUACGGAGUACGCUCUGCGGGAAGACAUGCAGACUGAAAUAUCUCAUUUAUGUGGUCUGGGUGGCGUGAUUCCACAGAUUACUCACUCAACGAAAGAACCAGGAACGGUCAAUCUCUUCAAGUCCGAAGAUGGCCGGCCAUUCAUGAAAAUCAUAUACAAAGACAAGGCACAUUGUGGUACUUCACAAACCAAGAUCGAGGAUGCUGACAGAAACGCCGAGACUUCAGAACUGGUGUUGCAACUCCACAAAGCGAUUCGUGGCCUUCGGAAUGCUGCCAUUACGCUUCAACGCUCACAUUUCUGUUGCGACAGGUUCACUGUACUUACCGCUGAAGAUUUCAAUCGCCAGGGCCACGGAAUCACUGUGGUUCGUAUGAAUACCGUGACAUUCAGUGUCCUUGAUAAAUUGGAAAAGGAAAUCGGUCGGCUUAUCCUGGACGAUUCCAAGAACACUAUGGUAGUUGAAGAAGAGUCAACAUGUCGACACAUCAUGGAGACUUUGUUUCAUAACCCUUUGCCCCUUCCUUCAACAACCGGGGAAACGUUACACUUGUAUUCUCUCACUCUUCAGGUUCUUUGCUUGGGCAUCACUUUUUACGCUCAGGCCCACACAGGUGGUCUCGAGCCGGCUUACCUAGCAAAACCACCUUCCCAUAUUGAACUUCGAGGAAGCUCUUGUGAUCUUCCGUUUAUCGUUGCAGAACGAGUUCAGCUUUCUUGUAUGCACGAAAUGGUUGGUGAUAGGGUUUGGGCUUUUCGGCUAUCAACUCAGGUCUUCCAAGCCCAGCCUACGGGAAUGUAUCUCAGAGCCACUUGUGAAGAGAUAGUGGAUUGUUGGGGUCCGGCCUCUUUCGGAUCAAAAACUACGGAGCCUCGUGAAGAUGAGUUGUAUGAACUUUUUAUAAGAGGAGGCGUUGUUCAUUCAACUCAGCAAGAUAAUGAAGAUGUUGUUCGCGUUUUCCAUUGGACACACGCGAGCGAAUACGAGAGAUUAUUUCCACAAACCAGCUUCGACUACCGCGCCGAGAUCAUGAUUGGAGCUAGUUCGAAUACGGGCACUGCAAAAACACUGCUCGGUGGUCCUGGACGCCUUGAUAGCCGUGAAGGCAAAUCUACCUCAUUGGCCGAGAACAAUUCGGCGAGUUCACAUCAUACUUCCAUUGAAGGCAACAAUGCUACACUGGUAAAUGCACAUACAGCACAAAUCACGCAAACACACUGGAAUGUGGGAACCCAAGAGACGUUGCAGGGAGAAAGUUCACAGACCGGGUCUCAGCUUAAACCACAGGAGAAACUACCCGGGGCCAUUAAGAUUAACUCUGACUGUCACCGGAGUAUUGAAGGCAGCCGUAAAGCCUCACAAGAUGAUCGCGAAGUCCUGGGUACGUCUCCGUCAUCCUGGAAACCGGUAGCGAGGCAAGCAGUCUUCCAAGCAGGAUACCAGGCGGUUUUCCAAUUCGGAAUGGAGUGGCAAAGGCAACCAAGGGUCCCUCUAAAGAGGAUCAUUUUGGAUAGUUGGAGCGGACGGCGGAAUCUUCUGGUGUUCGAGUGUCCAUUGGGUAUUCAGGUCAGCAUCUGCACUGGCGUCGCCCGAAGAGUUCCACUCAGAACGAUUGUCCUCGAAAAUCUCAUGGAAUACAUUGACACCUUGGGCGUUAAAGGAUGGGAAAAGCUGAAACCACGUGCUAGAACGGCAAUGGCAUCUAAAGAAGCAUUCAUGAGCUGGGUGAAGAACCUGAUGACGUUGGACGACGAAGUUGAAGAUAGGGCAUGUGUUGAGCGGGUGUUCACCUACGUCCUUAACUGUUUGAGAAACACUGGAUUUGACAAGGACGGUAAUGUGCUCUCAAUCCUGUGGCCUAACAAAGGCGAAGACGAUACUUGCGUCAAAAUUUACCGGUCUAAGCAUAAUUGGUGCGAAGUGCUUGAAGACAAGGAGUGGUCAACCUCGUUUGUUGUGUUAACAGAUCUGUGUUUCACAACAUCGGACCACGCUUGUGUGAACAAGAAAGAGGCUCGUUGGGCAGGCCUAAGAACUCUUCAAACGUCCAUGCAUCGACGCACCGUUGGAAAGGAUCGGUCUACAUGUCAAUCAACUGAUCAGAGCGAUGAUGAGGCUGAAUGGCAUAUUGAAGACAAGAAAUGGUACUGGAAUGGAAUAAAGCCUCGAAUCUCUGGGUUUUGGAAUGUAAUAGAGCCUCGAAUCUCUGGAUUCCUUGUGAGUAGGCCUGGUGAUGCAAUUCCAAAGCUGGUAUUCCGCGGGUUCCUAGACAGCCUUGUUCCCAGGGAGGCCACGAAAGGUAUGACAUCUUGGGGGCGCUGGGAUACUGCUAUUGUUGAGUGUAUUUAA